UGAGAGACAACCUCCCCCCCUCACACACACACACCGCCACUGUCACCAUUUAUUAUGCCUUCCUCUCCCUAAUCCCUAGGAAGCAGCAGCAGGGCCUUUGGCCCAUCUCCACCAAGCUUCCUUUUUUAUAUAUAUCAGCCUCACAUUUUGCUUUGUUCCCUGUCUUUUCUGGGUCACCUUGUUCCCCCUCCUUUUCCUCUUCUUUCUGCCUCUUCCCCUCCAGUCACAAGCCCGUGAGUUUUAACUUGUUUCCCUUGUCCGACAGAACUUCCCAUCUGGAGAUACAACUAGUAAAAAGGGUUUUGUGAGCCCAAGUUGCCAAGGAGCUCAGGUGAAAGGAUUAAUACCUCCUGCGGUUCUUGCCUGUCUACCUACAGAUACAAAAUCCAAACCAGAAGACAUGGUUCUGGGAGACAGUGAACCUGAAGGCCUGGCUGAGAAGCGGAGGGUAUCCGUUUCCUACAGACACUGAAUUGCUCACUGGUGAGAAAGGCUGGUGGCAGAAACCAGGUUUGGUACCCUUUGAAGACGAAGAGGACCAAGGCUUGCCAACUCCAUAAUUACCAUUCAUUCCUCCCAUAAUUACCGUUCAUUUAUCCUUUAUGCAUCAAGGAAGACAAAGCUUAAUGGGUUGUUAAAGGGAGGUAAUAAUUUUUUGAGAGGAAGGAAGGAAGGAAGGAAGGAAGGAAGGAAGGAAGGAAGGAAGAAGACCUCCUCUCCUUUAUUUCAUUUUUCAUUGAAUAUGUUAUUUAUUUAAAACAUGCUUUUUCUGCCUCUUUGUGCACACAAGGUAAUGUAAAGAUUUGUCAGGGCCAAGUAUAACAAAAAUAACCAACACAAGAAUAUAGUCAAAAUGGCUGAGUUAUAAGGACCCCAAAAGUUGUCUAGUCUAACUUGAGAGAACUAUUAUCCUGAUGAGCUGUAAAUCACUAAGUUCAUAGGUUACCAAUUAAUCAAACAUGACAUGUACCAACCAAAGACCCUAGGCUUUGUUUAACAAGCUAGCAAGGAUCUGCAUAGGCUAUCAUCCUAAGAGGGGUGGUUCAGUCACAUCAAGCUGAUAGCUGUAAAGACCUUAAAUGAUCCUGCACUCGCUGUAAAUGUUAACCUUUCAUAAAAACAUAGCAGGAAUUUUUCAGUGACCUUGAAUUAUGGGGGGACUCACAGAGGACAGAGAUGUUUGUUUUGUUUCCAUGAAUUUUAUGUUUUCUGUAAAUACAUUUCAAAGUAAGAACUAGAAAACCCUCUAAAAGAAAGACAGAGAAAAGAAAAAAGGGAUGGAUCAAUGGAGAGGAAGUGAAGAAAACAGAAAGAGGGUAAAGAAGGAAGAGGGUAACAAAUAACAGCAUAAGAUACUGCCCAUUAUCUUCAUGGCUGUACCUCCCAGAGGUUUCCUGUCCAUCUCUCUCCUGUUUCGCUUCGGAAGUCGAUGAAGGAGCUAUCGCUGGCUCCUUUGUGGGGAUCCUUUGUAUGAUCUUUUUCUUAGUCAUUUCUCAGUCCCAAGGAGGAGACAGCACAAUGAAUCGUGGGGGAGGCAGCAGCCCUGUGGAGGAACUGUCUAAGGCUACCCUGCACAAUAACUCCUUGUGGUGGCUGGCUUGUGGGCUGCUUGCACUGCUAGCUAACUCCUGGAUAAUCUUGAGCAUCACAGCCAAGCAACAGAAACACAAGCCCCUGGAGCUGUUACUGUGCUUCUUGGCAGGGACACACAUUCUCAUGGCGGCUGUGCCGCUCACCACCUAUGCAGUGGUGCAGUUGCGACGUGAAUCCUCUGACUACGACUGGAACGAGAGCAUUUGCAAAGUCUUUGUCUCCACGUAUUACACAUUGGCCUUGGCCACGUGCUUCACCGUGGCCUCCUUGUCGUACCACCGUAUGUGGAUGGUGAGAUGGCCUGUCAACUACCGGCUGAGCAAUGCCAAGAAGCAGGCCCUGCAUGCUGUGAUGGGCAUCUGGAUGGUAUCUUUCAUUCUCUCCACGUUGCCUUCCAUUGGCUGGCACAACAAUGGGGAACGCUACUUUACUGGAGGUUGCCAGUUCAUUGUGAGCAAGAUAGGUCUGGGGUUUGGUGUAUGCUUCAGCUUGCUUCUCCUAGGAGGCAUAGUCAUGGGCUUGGUUUGUGUGGGCAUUACUUUCUACCAGACCUUAUGGGCACACCGAAGGCACCACAGAUGCCAUCAUCAGAGAACGGAAGAAGCUUCUUCGUCGUGCCCCGCUUCAGCCCACAACACCUUCAAUGUGCCAGCCAUCGUGGUCGAGGAUGUCCGAGGCAAAAGACGAUCCUCGUUGGAUGGAUCUGAAUCUGCCAAGACUUCCAUGCAAAUGACGAACCUCAUCACUGCCAUUGUGUUCCUGUACGACACACUGACUGGAGUACCCAUACUGGUGGUGAGUUUUUUAAGCCUGCGCUUAGAUGUGGCUCCUACCUGGAUGGUCCUGGCUGUGCUCUGGUGUUCCAUGGUACAGACUCUGCUGCUCCCAUCCUUCAUCUGGUCCUGUGAACGUUACCGUGCUGAUGUCCGUACCGUGUGGGAACAGUGUGUGGCCAUAAUGUCAGAGGAAGAUGGAGAUGAUGAUGGCACUGCCGAUGAUUAUGGUGAUGGGAGGAUCUGCAAAGUUCGAUUUGAUGCCAACGGUGCUGCAGCUAUGAAACGGAAUCCAAGGGAUGCUAAGCUGCUACCAGUGCAUCACAUGCUAUUGCCCCAUGACAGGGUGCACUACCUGCAGGUCCCUAUCUCGCGGAGGAUGUCCCACGAUGAAACUAACAUCUUCUCCUCCCACCGAUCCACUCCUUCCUUCCUUCACAAGUGGUCCUCAUCUGAUGACAUCCGUGUUGUUGCACCCCACAAACCUGGGGGAGCGUCCGGCUUUUUGCCUCCAGAACUCCGCAACUAUCCUCACCGUCGACGGCCACUUGAAGAUGAGUUCACCACACUUCGACAAUUCUUGGAAGCUGGACUGGCCUCCCGGGCCCCUGGUUCUACCACUUGUUUCUUCCGUGAUGAGAUUACCACCUUCAUUGAUGAAACACCAGUGCCCUCCCCACUCACCAGUCCACGCCACUCACGCCUCCCGUUUUCAGUGCAGCGUGAAAGGCACUAUUCCCUCAAUGGUGCUGAGCAGGAAGGGGUUGCUGACAGGGAUCGACGGUGUUCACUAACUGGUGGCGAAAAUCUUUACUUCUCCAGUGGCGAUCAGCAGGAGGACAGUAAAUGGACCAUGACAGCUUAUGAGACAUAGACCUUCUAGGAGCUCAAUCUAUGAAAUGCCAUCCAAAGCAUUUGCUGUGCUCUGGAUUUUUAAGUAACACUCAACAAGUCUGCCCAAUUCCAGGGCCCAAUGGGAAAUUUAGGUCCUCUUGUUUCUCACCAUAGCAGUGGAGGGAAUGUGCCCACUGUUUGUCCUGCUGUGGUGGGGAGGAAAGAUGUGGCAGGAGAAGAAAUUGCAUUAUUUUUGGAAGGAGCCACAGCACCUUGCUCUCAGAUGAAAAAUGGACAUGCAGACCACUGCAAUUCAUUGAGGGCACUUUUUGUCAGCUCCACCCUGUUGAGUAGGAUUACUAGUACCAACCAUCCCUUUCUUAGCUCCACCCAUUAUGAGAAACACUAAUUGAUUGCCAAUUAUGGGACAGGAAGGUAUUAAAAACAUCUAUAUUUGGAGUGUCAUAUGUGUCUUGCUUUUUGUUUGUUUAUGAGUUUUGUUUUUGUAACAGUUAUUUGAUCUCAGCUGUAAUCCUCUACACACUAGCUGGGAAUAAGACCCACUAAAAACUGUCAAAUAUACUUAACAUGCUUGGCAUUAUGCUCUCGGCAAGUACUAGAAGAGACUGAAACGCAAGCAAUCAGAAAGAAAGAACAUUUGGGUCUGCUGCAGAUCUAGUCUUUUAGGCUGUGACAACACAAUAAAAUACCGCAGGAUUUGCUGCAGUUAUAGUAUGAGUUGACCUAAAGUAUUUUGUCUGAUCACACGACACAAAGGCCAGUUCAAAUCAGUCCAGCCUUUUUUUGCUCCCAACUUGUUUUUUUCUCUGCCACUCUGGGUUUCUACUUUUUCCAAGCCAGAACAAUUUGAAUGGACAUUUUUCUGUGUGACCAGUUGAUCCAUUCUUGUAAAAACAAGGGGCAUGGCUAUGGGUGGCGUUUCUGUGACACAAGCAGUUGGCGUAUGAUGUUCAGGACUGCAGGAAUACCCACUCUUGCAUUCUUCCCUCCCAACUGUCCUCCAAUUUAAAAAAAAUUUACAUAUAUGAGGUUAGUGCUAGAUUGCUUUAUCACCCUAUCACUAGUACUGAUAAACUAGUUUAGCACUAGAUCAGCCUCAGAUGAAAAAAAUGUUUUAAUUACAAAGAAAAUAGA